AUGAAGUACUUCUCAACGCGUGGAGGGGACCAGAAGCUCUCUUUCGAAGAGACAGUCCUCACAGGCCUCGCUCCUAAUGGUGGUCUCUACAUCCCAGAAAACAUCCCUUCGCUUCCAUCGGACUGGAGAACCAACUGGAAAGACUACUCUUUUGUAGAUCUCUCCGUUGCCGUUCUAUCCCUCUACAUAUCCCCAAACGAGAUAUCGGAGCAGGAGCUUAGGACACUGGCGGAGAAAUCGUACAGGACGUUUAGGCACCCCGAUGUUACGCCACUGAAAAAGCUGGGCGACAAGACGUUCAUAUUGGAGCUGUUCCAUGGCCCAACAUUUGCGUUCAAGGAUGUUGCGCUGCAGUUGCUUGGCAAUUUGUUCGAAUUCUUCCUGCUCCGCCGUAAUGCGAAGAAAAUACCGGGGGAGCAGCAGGAAACAUUGACUGUGGUUGGCGCGACGAGUGGGGAUACUGGAAGCGCUGCUAUUUAUGGCCUUCGAAACAAGGCAAACAUUUCUAUCUUUAUUCUUCAUCCAAAGGGUCGUGUUUCUCCUAUUCAAGAAGCGCAAAUGACGACGGUAACGGACGCCAAUGUCCACAACGUCGCUGUGAAAGGGACAUUUGACGAUUGUCAGGACAUCGUCAAAGCCCUAUUCGCUGACAAAGAGUUCAAUUCAGAACACCGGCUAGGCGCCGUCAACUCCAUCAACUGGGCACGCAUCCUCGCACAGACCGUCUACUACUUCCUUUCCUUCUUCCACUUCCAAUCCCAACUUCCCGAGGGCACCUCACUGGAAGACGUAGAAAUCCAAUACGUCGUCCCGACCGGAAACUUUGGCGACAUCCUCGCAGGUUACUAUGCCAAGAAAAUGGGGCUGCCUAUGGGCAAGCUCGUCGUGGCGACGAAUGCGAAUGAUAUUCUGGCUAGGUUCUGGAAGACAGGGAGGUACGAGAAAGUCGACUCUAGCGCGGUAGAGGGUGAAGGCGCUGCGGCUCCUGCUGGAGGGUCUUCGAAUGGGAAGCAGGGGACGGACGCUAGUGGCGUGAAGGAGACGUUGAGUCCUGCCAUGGAUAUCCUUGUGUCCAGCAACUUUGAAAGGUUGCUGUGGUACCUUGCGUACGAGACCGCAGAGGGUGAAGAUGAUGCUGCGAGGAGAACGGCUACGAGCAAGACGCUUGACACAUGGAUGUACAAGGUGAAAAUUGACGGCCGCGUCGAAGUCCCUGUUGCUGCUCUGGAAGCGGGUCGUAAGGACUUCUUGGCCGAGCGGAUUUCCGAUGAAAUGACCUUGACCACUAUCCAGUCUUACUUUGACGGCCAACCAUCGUACGUCGCUGACCCACACACCGCUGUCGGGCUAGCAGCUGCGGGGAUCAUCGCACCCAAGAACUCCCCAAAUACAUACCAAAUCGUCCUAUCCACGGCCCACCCAGCCAAGUUCUCCGAGGCCGUGUCGAAAGCCCUUGAGGGGUCCUCGCACUUCAACUUUGAUCGGGACGUUCUCCCGCAAGAGUUCCAUGGGUUACUAGAAAAAGAGAAGAGGGUCAUCGAUGUUGAGAGGCCUGAUAUUGACUUGGUUAAAGGCGUCAUCGGAAGGUUUGCAAAGUCGGAUGAACAUACGGCUGUUGAGGCUGGAAGUGUAUGAAUUACUCGAUAAGGACAACGAAGAUAUGGAUUUAGAUGGAAUGUACGUCCCUUUGCAAUGAAAUGUAACAGAAUAGAUGG